AUGAAUCACGAGCGAGAUCCCUGCCCCUGGGUCAUCCUUAAUGACUUUGGCGGUGCUUUCUGUAUGGGCGCCAUCGGUGGUACCAUCUGGCACGGCGUAAAAGGUUUCCGAAACAGCCCCUACGGCGAGCGCCGCGCGGGCGCCAUCACCGCCAUCAAGCUACGUGCUCCCGUCCUCGGCGGUAACUUCGGCGUGUGGGGUGGUCUCUUCUCUACCUUCGACUGCGCCGUCAAGGGCAUCAGGAAGAAGGAGGAUCCUUACAAUGCCAUCAUUGCCGGCUUUUUCACGGGUGGUGCUCUCGCCGUGCGAGGUGGUUACAAGGCGAUGAGGAACGGCGCCAUUGGUUGCGCGGUGCUCCUCGCUGUUAUUGAGGGUGUUGGUAUUGGUAUUGGAAAGUACUUUGCGGGUAAUACUAGGCUUGAGGCACCCAUGCCUCCCUCUCAAGCAGAGCACGCUAUGGCUUAG